CCCUUUCAAGACUCCAUCCUUGUCAUCUUCUUCUACUUCCUUGAAAAUCUCCCACGCUUUCAUCUUCUUCCCCAAUUCAUCAUCUUUUUCUUAACCCUAUAAAUCCCCUUCUUCAUUCUUCUCUCUCUAGACCUUUUACACUACUUCUAAUACAAGAAACUCGAACCUUUACUUCCAAUCUCAGGCUCAUCAACAUUUCAGCUAACUUUUCUUGCCUUUAGUUGAUCAUAUACAAAUCUUGAUCCAAGAUGACCACUUACCAUGAAUCGAAUGUGGUGGAGCUUGCCGGAAAGAUCUUGAUCGUAUCAAUCCUAGUAGCCUCCGUGGUUGUGGUUUUCGUUUUCUUUGUCCACCUCUAUGCCAAGUGGUUCUGGUACCGCCGUGAAGAAGAACGGGACGUCGCCAACACCCACCGCCGUCGUCGCCGUGGAGAUUUUACAGCAGGACACCUGGAACAGCAGUCUGGAGUCACCGUCCUCCGCCGUGGCCUUGACGCCUCAUUCUUGAAAACCAUACCUGUCAUAAUUUUCGACCCCAAAGACUUCAAGGAAGGAUUUGAGUGUACUGUGUGUUUAUCGGAGCUCGGCCAAGGAGAAAAAGCUCGAAUUCUGCCAAAAUGCAGUCAUGGGUUUCAUAUGGAAUGCAUUGAUAUGUGGUUUCAUUCACAUUCGACUUGUCCCAUUUGUAGAAACCCUGUUUCACAUCAGACCGAAAUUUCGGUUGAGAAUCUGUUGGAAAGUCGUCAAACACAAGAAGAAUCAACAGAGAAUGGUGAUUCACGAGAAUUCCCAACAAAUAUUUUGUUUUGGGGAGAUGAAACUGAAGUUAGCACUUUGACUUCUCAAUUGGAAGAAGCCAAUAAUCAUCAUCAAACAGCUAUUUUAACUUCUGAAACAUCUUCAUCAUCACAGCCAAAUAGACCAGAUUUAGUGAUUGACAUACCAAGGUUGAUUGAUGAAGAUGAAGGUCAAAAAACACCCGUUUCAUCUCGAAUGAGAUCAUUCAGGAGAAUCUUGAGUGGCAGUAGAAUGUUUAUUAACCCAUUUAGUCCUGCCAGUACUAGCGUCGAACAAGGGUCCAGAGGUCAUCGUUGAUCAAGAUUCAAGUCUAUAAGAAUUCAUUUUUUUGUUAUUGGAUUGUUGGAUGCUUGUGAAGAGG